AUGGCCGCUGGCCUUCGAUAUCCCUUACGCCAAUUAGUGCUGAAAUCACAAAAGCUUCCUCAAAUUCAAGAUGGUGCAGGUCACUCCCGUUACACGCCCAAAGAUCGUCAAGAAGAAGAGUCAUGGCGUCGCCCCAAGGGUAUUGAUGGCCGAGUGCGCCGAAAAUUUAAAGGUGCUAUCAAAAUGCCUAACAUUGGUUAUGGCUCGAAUAAAAAGACGCGCCACCUGUUGCCGAAUGGCUUUCUUAAGUUCGUCGUGAACAAUGUUGCUGAACUUGAGGUUUUGCUGAUGCACAACCGCAAGUACUGUGCUGAAAUUGCUCACAACGUUUCGGGCCGUAAGCGUCGUGAGAUUAUUGAACGCGCUGAGCAGCUCAAUGUGCGUGUGACGAACCCCAACGCUCGCCUGCGUGCCGAAGAAAACGAAUAA